AUGUUGGCAUUGUGCAUUGUCAUCAACAACAUUCAACCCGUUUUUUCAGGAGUUGCCAUUGGUGCUGGGUGGCAAGUUUCGGUUGCUUAUGUGAAUAUUGCUUGUUACUAUAUCUUUGGUAUUCCUUUGGGACUCUUUUUUGGAUUCUUUCUUGACUUUGGUGUCUUGGGGAUCUGGUCUGGAAUGUUAUCAGGGACAGUUCUACAAACUCUUGUCUUAUUCUACAUGGUCUAUAGAACUCAUUGGAAUAACGAGGCAUCACUUGCGGAAGAAAGGAUAAGCAAGUGGGGUGGCCUAAAAGAUUUGAAGAUGAGUGAUAAUGGAGAGAAUCAUCAAGCAAAUUGA